GCGAGAGGCGGCGCGGCCGUUACUGGCGCGCGGGGCAGCUCCGGUCCCGCCAUGGCUCAGAGAGCCGAACCGAACCGGAACCGCCGCAGCGCCACAGGACCGGCCCGAACCGCCGGCAAGACCGUGUCUCAUGCAGGAAAGGAGAACAGAGCUGGCAGGGGCACCUUGGCAAAGCAGAGGCUCCCUCUGUUCCCAGAACUUGACCAUGACACCCCACGGGUUAUGCUCAAGAGAAUCAUCCAGACCCAACCACAGGUCUCCCCACUGGCACCUCAGACACCUCAGCACAAAGAAACAGAAGAAUCUCAGUCAGAGCUGCCCUCCAAGAGGAUUUCUAACACGGGUGAGAUGCAGCUGCCAGACCUCGUUCCUGAGAACACAUCAGUUGCCACCUUCCAUAUGACUAAGAAGAGGAAGAAACUCAGCAUUUCUGAGUUUGAGAGAGCAGCAGAUAAAUGGCUUCCCCAGAAGCAAGCUUGCUCAGCGUUGGACAGCACUGGUUUGGCUCGAUCUCUCCAUCUCUCUGUUGGGUCCCUCAACCCCCCAGACACUGUGGAAAAGAGAGGUUUAGCCCGGAGGCCCAGGAACCGCAGAGCUAUCGACGUGGAAGCUUUUGAAGGCAGAGUGGAGCAGAGCAUCCUGAAGAGAAAAGCAGCACAGGACUGUUUUGGUGACUCAGAAGCAGCAUCAGGGAUCCAAACAGCCCUCCUGACAAAUGGUGCAGAGAAUGUAUUGGAUAACACAGAGCUCUUUGUGCAGCCUCAGUUUGAUGAACCUGAGCAAAGCAAGCUUCCUCCUCCUGAAUCACAUCUGUGGGAUUCAAAGACUUCAGCACAGAGAAGUGAGAGUCCUGCUGCAGCUCAGAAGGAGGCAGGGCUGCUGAGCCUGGGAUCCAGUGUGAGCACAAAUAAGAAAAGGACCCGAAGUUCUUCUGCAGACUUGAUCCUUGAUGUUAAAGGUGUUGGUGAAAUGACUACUGAAUCUCCACAACCACCUGCAAGGCAGCAAGAUGAAAAAGAUCAUUCCCAGCAGGAUAACCCAAUGGAACAGCUUCCAGGUGCAGAAGAGGUGGUGGAUGGGACUGCAGAGCAUCGUGCAAAGCUUGGAUAUUCUGAACAUCUGGAGAAGGAACUGUCCAGAAAUGCAGAAUCAAAAAUCCAUGAGGCCCAGGAUGCCAGAGCCAACACAGAAAUGUCCCCUGCAGGAGAGGAGGGAGUAGCAGAAGGCAGUGUGGAAUACCAAAGCUCUCCCAGAGCUGAGCCUGAGCUUGAUGGUGUUGGAGCUGGAAGACAGGACAGGCAUUCUCAUGCUUUUCCUUCUGAAAAAUCUGGUCUGGAGCCAUUAAAGGAAGGUGAUGAAGAAGCAGCUGAACUGGAGAACCAGGCUAUUAUGAUAGAACUGGAUGAUCUGGAAGAUGAGGCUACUGAGAAUGAAGCUGAAGACCCUGAGAGUGAAGAGGUUUCCAUGAAGACUCCUGCAUUUGUCCGUGCCCCAGCCUUCAAGGCUCCACUGCUGACUCCACCUCCAGUAAAACCUCCUGCUCCCAAGCUGACAGCUCCAAGUCCUGCCAAACCUGGAGUCCCCAGGGCUGCCCUGAAAGCAAAGCCAGAGAGGAAAACCUGUGAGCCUGGAGUACCAAGCAGUUUGAUAAAGAACAUAUUCAGACAUUAUGUGAAAAUGCCAGUGGCCAGAGAGGCAUUCAGAAUUGUUGAAAAAUGCUCUGAGAGAUACUUCAAGCAGUUAAGCAGUGAUCUGGAAGCUUACACCAGGCAUGCAGGGAGGAAGACAGUGGAGAUGGCUGACCUGGAGGUUCUGAUGAGAAGACAAGGGCUGGUGACAGACAAGAUGCCACUGCACGUGCUGAUAGAGCAUUACCUGCCUCUGGAGUACAGGAAGCUGCUGAUCCCAGUGGCUGUGAGUGGAAAUAAAGUGAUCCCCUGCAAAUGAUGCCCUGCAGGUGGGGGAUGUGGGCUCAGGCCUGGCUGUGGGCUCUCCAUGGAGCAGCUCUUUGUGGUUACUGGUGGAAAACUAGUAACCAGUGAGGCUGUGUCUCUCCCAGCAGCCUGCUGCACCUCACCAGCUCUCAUUACAAGUGAUUUGACUGUCUUGACUUUUUAUAUUAAGCUUAAAUACUUGUACAGCUCAGAUAAAUAAAACAUGGUGUG